UCUCUCUUCUUCUUCUUUAGCGGGAAGGGAAUCUCGCCUCCCUCCUCUCCCUUUCUCUUUUGGGGCUCCCCUCAACCCAAAACCGGCAAUGGAGGUCUUCUUUACCACCAAGACGACUACGACUACUACUGCAUUGCUACUAUUUCUUCUACUAUUGAGGUUGAGGGGUGGGCUCUUAUUAGCGGCAGAGCAGGAGGGUGACCGGAUCACUGAGCUCCCCGGCCAGCCCACCAAUGUGGCCUUCUCCCAGUACUCCGGCUACGUGACGGUCGACCCGAGCGCCGGCCGGGCCCUCUUCUACUGGCUCGUCGAGGCCCCGCCGGCGGCCCAGCCGGCGCCACUUGUCCUCUGGCUCAACGGCGGGCCGGGCUGCUCCUCCAUCGCCUACGGCGCCUCCGAGGAGCUUGGCCCCUUCCGGAUUCGCCCUGAUGGCUACACCCUAUACCUCAAUCGCCACGCUUGGAACAAUGUGGCGAAUGUGCUCUUCUUGGAGUCGCCGGCUGGCGUUGGUUUCUCCUAUUCGAAUUUUUCGAUGGAUCUGUACACCGCUGGUGACCGGAGGACAGCUACGGAUGCAUACGUUUUUCUUGUGAAUUGGUUCGAGAGGUUUCCGCAAUAUAAGUAUCGGGAAUUUUAUAUCGCCGGAGAGAGCUAUGCAGGGCAUUAUGUUCCUCAGUUGUCUCAGGUUAUCGUUCAGAAGAACAAGGACGUUCAGAAUCCAAUCAUUAACUUCAAGGGUUUCAUGGUGGGGAAUGCUGUUACUGAUGAUUUCCAUGACUAUGUGGGCACCUUUGAGUACUGGUGGGCACAUGGCCUGAUCUCGGACACCACAUACCAUAAUCUUAGGGCCACAUGCAACCUCCAAUCCUCUCAACACCCUUCUGCCGAGUGUGUGAAGAACCUCAACAUUGCUGGUUCAGAACAAGGGAACAUUGAUCCAUACAGCAUUUACACGCGCCCCUGCAACGACAGCAGCGCACUGAAACGCAACUUAAAGGGUCGCUAUCCUUGGAUGUCCAGAGCCUAUGAUCCCUGCACUGAUAGGUAUGCCAAGGUGUACUACAAUCGCCCAGAAGUGCAGAGGGCACUCCAUGCUAAUGUUACUGGGAUUCGUUAUGCCUGGGAUACAUGCAGUGAUAUCGUUGGAAACUACUGGGCAGAUUCUCCUAGAUCCAUGCUUCCUAUCUAUCAAGAGCUAAUUGCAGCUGGUGUAAGAAUAUGGGUGUUCAGUGGAGACACAGAUGCAGUAGUGCCUGUGACCGCAACUAGAUAUUCGAUCGACGCUCUCGAGCUCCCAACCCUUCGCAGAUGGUAUCCAUGGUAUGACCAUGGAAAGGUGGGUGGCUGGAGUCAAGUAUAUAAAGGUCUUACCUUUGUAACCAUCACCGGAGCAGGACAUGAGGUUCCACUUCAUCGCCCUCGACAGGCUCUGAUACUAUUCAGGCAUUUCUUGCAGAAUAAGCCCAUGCCUAGCUAACCUCUUAGAGCAAGAUAGUCGCACCGGCAAGAAAAGAGAUAAGCUUUUAGAUAAAGGAAAAUUAUUAUCGUAUAGUGCAUUUGAAUUAUUUUUUAAUUUGACUUCGCAAUUCUUCCAGAAAUAUUAGAAUUUAUUUUUAUCAGCCAAUGUUCCAUACCAGUUGUAUGAAUCAAGGCUGACCACCAAUAAAGAACAGUGGAGCCAAUAUCAUGUGCAGUUUUUAUUUUAUUGCAUAUGUAUUUAUUAAGCAAGUCUGAAGAACAUCCAUCGUGUUCUGUGCCAC